CCAGCUAUAAAAAAUAAAUAUUGUCAAUUUCAAAUAAGAAAAAUAAUGAUGUGUGACCUUGAUUAGUGAUGUAUCAAAACAAUCGUUGCCAAUUUUAUUGUUAAAUACGGUUGCUUGCUGGCGCCACAAGAAAAGAAAAAACUAAAUUCCCCAGAAUGUUAUUUACUUUGUAAACAACAACCAACUGUGACUGUCACACAUUUAUAUAAGUACUAAGGUGAAAGACAAACCAUGGCGCAUUUGAAUUCCAAUAUCGCCAUCUAUGAUUUGAACAACAAAGUAUACAAAAUAACUAUAUAAAUAAAUGUAUACAAAUAAUUUAUUUAUAAUGAUACCUUUAUCAUUUGCAUUUCUUUUGAUGAGUCAAAAUUGUAAUUAAAAGUAACUGAAUAUCUGUGUAUACAAGUAAUGUUGCAUACAUAUUCUGCCAUACAAAAGAUUACUCUGUUUCUUUUGUUCACAUGUAUUUCAAAUACGCAUUCCUUCUUUUUUUCGUGGAAAAUGGAAAAUAUGCCAUCUAUAGUUUUCUUAGGCAACGACAGGUAGGUAAGGAGAAAAGGUAGGGUUUCAGUAAACUAUCGUAUCGGCGCACGGAUAAAAACGUAAUAAUUAAUACGCCUAAACCUUCCUCAAAGAUUACACUAUCUAUUGGUAAAAACCGUAUGAAAAUACGUGAAGUGUAGGUGUUUAUUGCGAACAGAGAGACAGGCAGACGAGGCAGAAAACUUCGUUGUGUAAUAUGUAAGGGUAUGGAUAAAUAGACAAGUCGAUUCACUUGUUAAUCGAUAUAUUGAAUGCAUGACAUGAUCCACUCUAGAUGACAAUGACACGUUGACGUGUAUGACAGCUAGCCUAGCUUUCACAUUAAGUCCAAAGUACCGAGGUAGGUACUAUUAAUUAAAGCCUUAAAGAACCUACUCCAAAAAUUGCGAAACGAACAGUUUAAUUUUAUACCGUUCCGUCGUUAACUGUAGAAGGUGCUCAGCACAAAAGGAAACUUACUGCAAUUGUAAGUUCGAUUAAGUCGGUUUCGAGCGCCACCGUUUCGCACGUGAAUACCACGAGUAGAUAGAGUGAGUACGCUCGUGGCAGCGGUCGCGGACAGUCGCAGUCGUCAGAUCACAGGGACACAGACAUGGAAGAGCAAGUGAAACUGUUCACCCGCGAGGAGCUGAAGUCCCGCAAUACUCGCAACGACGCCAUCCUCAUCAUCCACAACGGCGUUUACGACAUCAGCAAGUUCCUAGAAGAGCACCCUGGCGGCGAGGAGGUGCUACUGGAGCAGGCUGGACAGGACGCCUCGGAACCUUUCGAGGAUGUCAGCCACAGCUCCGACGCCAGAUCGCUGAUGAAGAAAUACAAAAUCGGCGAGCUGGUGGAAGCUGACAGAACGGAGAGCAAGCCUGCCUACUCGGCCGACUGGAACGACCAGGCGCAGGAGCAGGGCAACACAUGGACCGCGUGGUUGGCGCCGUUGCUUGCGGGGAUAGCUGCCACCAUCCUCUACCGCUACCUGUUUGCGUAGUCCCUAACGCCUGCAACGCUGCACGCCUCGCCCCAAGCUCGAUGUUCAGCAAAACUGACGAUAUCAGUGCUCAUUUUUGUUUCAUAAAUAUCAGUUAAGCUCAUUACAAAUGACCUAAGCCAGACCCAACCACCAAAAUCAAACCUAUUGACAUGAUAAAAACUUCGUAUUUGCAAGUUGUAGUGUGUUAGUUUGAUUAGUAAUUUGUAUUUUUUCCGUAUGUACUGAUUAAUUUCAGAACUUGUUAAUCGUAAUUUGUUAAUAACUAGCAAGUAAUAAAAUGUUGGUUGAUUCGCCGCAGGGGCAAGGGUGAUUUGGCGAUAAGAUGCAUUUAAUUUGUGGAAAAGAUAAUUAUUUGUGAAAGUGUACAAUAUAUGGUAUGUUAUAGUAAUUAUUUUGCAUAUAACAAAUACUAUUUACACUUUACAUAUUAAGUUACCUUUAAGAAUAUUUACAAAGACCUUAAAUGGCACACAUUUUAAAGUAUUUACACGUAUGCAUGUGGUUUGUAAAUACCAAUCUAAAAUUAUUUAUUUUAAUGCAGAUUUUGGGAUAUGGGUAAUUUAUGAGACGUCUAUUUUAAUUAUAAUUCAUUCAGAUUUCAAUGGAAAAUCUACCUGGAGCCUGCGUUCUGUUCGCCGUGUAUAUUUUUUGGGAUCUUUAAUCGAUUCGAACAGGGUAAAUGGCGAAUUUAUUAAUAUCCUUCCAAAAUUAUUUCGCCAGGUCAAUACCAUUUGCAGGUAGGUAGUUUAUAAAAAAUAACACAAGUUAAUAUUACAAAGAUUUAUAUAUUAUUGUAUUUACGCUUCUCAUGCUCAAGACGUAAGAGAGAUCACAUUUUGUAUGUAAUUGUUUGCAAGUGCCCUUGUAUCGUACCUGCAUGCAGGUAUGUUAUACCUUAUACCUAAGUUUUAACUGGAUAAAUAAGAAAAUCUUAUAAUAUUAGUUCUAUUAGCGGAAGUGCAAGGCGUUUUGUAUUGAAUACACACCUCGCGUGUUUGUCUAUUAAAAUUACACGACAGGCGUGUCUUCGGCCAAAUCGAUAUUUGUGAAGUGUAUAAGUGUAUAUCAUGGGGUCUUACGGGUAGUUUGUACAAGUCCUAUAUUUAGGAUUUCGAGUUUCGUGUGCCUUGUCCCUUUUGCUUGAAGCAGUAUAUUUGCACGUACGAUGUACAGAGAGAUUUAAAACCAGAAGUCCUACGCUACUGGCUUGAUACGACCUACGGAAUGUAACUAAGUAUAAAUAUAAUGAUCGAUUAUUGAAUAUGCGAGUAUAUUUUAUACAUAAUUAAGUUGAGAGAUAUUUGCAUUUUAUUCGGGCCAGGCCUCAUAUUCAUUAUCGUGAAUUACAGUUGGCUACUAGUUGUUAACCUGUAGAAAAACGAAUAAAUUCAAUACGUGGUAACAGAUAGACAUAGGUAGGUUUUUUAUUAUUGACUCAAGAUAAUGAAUAGAGUGGUGGGCGACGAUUCUACGCUGUGACUGUGACGUCAAUUAUAAUCUAUACUAUUAUUAUAAAAAGAUAAGUGUUUGUGAGUUUGUAUGUUUGAGGCGGGUAAUCUCCGAAACUACCGAACGUAUUUCAAAAAUUCUUUCACCAUUAGAAAGGUAAAUCAUCCAAGAUUGCUAUAGGCUAUAUUUUAUCUCAAAAUUCCCACGGGAACGAAGCCCCGGGCAACAUUUAGUUAUUUAUAUGUUUCAUGUUCAUGUAUGUAAUAGCACAAAUGAAAAACGUAAGCUAAUGUACAAAUACUUUAUUUAACUGACGAUAAUGACUGAUGACACAUGCUCUACGCUGCUUCCUUGACUGCCAUUUAUUAUAUACAAGCACACAAUGGUGAUUAAUUUACCUUUCAUAUAAAAUGCAUUUUAUGGUACCUAUUUAAUUGGUGUUCUGUAAAUUAUUAACGAGACAUUAAGCAACAUUGUACGCCAUGGGCUAUUUAACGUUUAUACCUCAUAAAAACUAAAAUUACAUUCAUUAACAUACAAUGUAGUUAAGUACUUGAAUGCUGAUAAAAACUCAACAAAAACUUAAGGCCUAACAAGCAUGUGUGAUUGUCCUUUGCAUGUGUGUAUGUGUCUAUCACACUAUCGUUGUCACGUGAACUCAACCCUGCCUUGACAUUCAGAAAGUUCAAGAUGCCAAUGUGCAAGAUUAUAUUAUAAAUCAAUGUUAUAGUAGCGCCACCUUGUCUGAUCCAGUGGUAUAUUCUGGAACUAAUGCUAUAUAAUAAUUUUAUCUUGUGACAAUUCCUGCCAAAUUAGAAUGGAUACAUGUGGUGCACCCAACCAAUGCUGUUACAGAAUUCCUUCGCACACUGUGUUGAAGUUUAAUUUUGUUAUGUAUUUUAUAUAAAUGAGAACAAAUGUAA